CUUUAUUGUAGAAGAAAAUAAGAUUUUUUAUGUUAAAAAUAUAACCUUGCCAUUGGACUGCAUACAGCUGCUUCAAAUUACAAGUACAGUGCUGUGUAUAAAAUCAUGGAUCUGGCAGCUGUGACUAAUGGCACAUGCAUAUUGGAUACAACAAGCUGAAAUUCACAGGUGAAGAUGUCAUUACGACACCAUAUGGACUAAUUAACAUGAUGAAAUCGUCUGCAGCAAUGGCAAGCUACUCGGACAACCCUGACAAAGAAACCCCAGGACACCAGAAGACCGCCUCGAUGAUGUACAAGCUGAAUCCCUCUCAGAUGCACCGCCCACACCUGCUUCCGCCGAUUGUGUGUUCGCGCCGUCUCUACAUUCAGAUUUCUUUCCUUCUCAUUCUACUGCUGAUCUUCUUUUUGCUGCGGACGCUGUCCAACAUGCGAGUCGUCUUCGUCCACUUCCACAUGGAGAGCGACACAGACGGGGAGCUCGUGAUAUUGCCCGAAGAACUGGCUCAGCAGCGUGGAGCGUUCUGUCUCGAUGGGUCUCCCCCGGGCUUCUAUAUGAGGCAUGGUUCGGUUUCUGCGGAAAACAGCUGGAUAAUCCACCUACAGUCCGGCGGCUGGUGUACAACACUUGAGGACUGCUACCACAGAAGCUACACUAGUUACGGAUCCAGCCUGGCCUGUGACACCUCAGCUGUUCUGGAAGGCGUGCUGUCUAGUAACAAGGGAACUAACCCAGACUUCUACACCUGGAAUGUAGCACAGUUAGUGUACUGUGAUGGAGGCUCAUUUGCUGGCAACAGAUCGGAUGCUCCGAUGUAUCUGGGUAGGAAGCUGUACAUGCGUGGUGCGGUUAUUCUGGAGACUUUGAUAGACUAUCUUCUGAGACACACAAACCUGUCAACAGCCCAGCAGGUCAUUCUCGUGGGAUCCUCAGCUGGUGGACUGGGUGCCCUCAUUCACGCAGACCGACUACGACAGAAACUGCCUCGGUCUGUGAAGACUCUGCAUGUGCUCAUUGACGGAGCAUUGUUUUUAGACCAGCCUGAUGUCAAAGGUCACCACACGAUGGCUGAGAUUCUUCAGAACACAUUCUAUCUUCAUAAUAUUAAAGAUUGCCACAGCCUUUCUGACUGCACCAAAGACAGGACACCGUCCGACAAGUGGAAGUGUUUUCUGCCAGGCGUGUAUCAUCGCCACGUGUUCAUCCCGGCUUUGUUCUUCAACUCACUGUACGACACCUGGUACACAGAGAACGCUCUCAGAGUGUGGUGUGUCAGGAGUGGCUCCUGUACCAACGGCGACCUCUCUGUGGUAGACGGUAUGCGGGAAGCCAUUCUGGCUGAAGGACGAGAGAUUGUGGCAUCGGGGAAGCAUGGAGUAUUUCUAACAUCGUGUCCCGUUCACACGAUGUUAACAGUGAGAACAUUCACGUAUAUUAAAGCACAGGAGCUGAAUCCGCAGAAGGCUCUGGCGUUGUGGAUCAGAGACAAAACUGCAGGAUACAAUGUGACUCAGGUCCUGCCAUUGAAACAUUCAUGGAACUUGUGUGAUGCAGGUUUAAAGUAAAAUGGCUUUCAUGCAUUUAUGUUAAAACAGAAGAUCUAAAUUUAAAUGUCAGUGGCGGAUCCAGAAAAUCCAUUUAGGGGGGCCCCAAUGACAUGAGGCGGAGGUUUGGAGGGGAUCGUAAGAAAAUGAAAAUUAAUAUAUAAUAAAAUUAUGACUGUCGCAAAAUUUAGGGGGGAGGGGGCCUGGGUUCCCCGCUAGAUCCACCUCUGAAUGUCUUUCACAUGGGUCAAAGCAGGAUAUUUAUAUUCACAGAAAGCUCUGGCCUUGUGAAUCAGAUAAAACUGCGGGAUUCAGAAUGACAUAUUAGGUACUUCCGUUGAAACAUUUGUGGAACUUGUGUGAUGUACAGUGUUCAUAGCAGUCUUUAAAUUCCUUGAAAGACUUUGAAUUUGAACAAAAUUAUUUUUUAAGUCUUUGAAAGUCUUUGAAUAUUGUAAUAAAAGUCUUUAAAAGUAUUUAAAUUCUCACAAACAUAGCCAAAGCAAUGAUGGUAUCUUUUACAGCUGCAUGCAUUUGAUAUUUUCCAGUUACAAGGUUUAAUCUGUCAUGAUGCAUGUAAAAAAGCUUUAAAAAUUUGCCAUGGACAGCAACAUAAAUGAACUGAUUUGGUAUUUGUAUUGUCUUUGACUGCUGUGUAAAAGUAUUUGAAAAUGGCAGGUAAAAGUCUUUGAAAGUCUUUGAAUUUGUUUAAUCUUUUAGGCUAUGAACCCUGGAUGUAGAUUUGAAGUAAAAUGUCUUUCAAGUUUCAUGCAUGUUCAAAUGGAAGAUCUGAAACCACAGAAUGCUCUGGCACUGUGAAUAUGACAUAAAAACAUUUUGUUUUAAAACUUAUAAUUAUAAAAAUUUGCUUUCGGGUUGAAUUUUUUUUAGCAACUAUUAUUUAACACUACAGAAUCGUGUAGCAAUCUCUGAAACUUCCCGACAGCAGAAUACAAUAUUACAUUGGCUCUGCCAUUGAAACAUUUGUCGAAUUUGUGUGAUGUAGGUCUAUACAUGUAGACAGAGAAUACUACACAAGUGUUGGAUACCAUUUAUCUUGCGAGUUGCUUCAAAACAUAUUGAAAUAAUAAAAGUAAGUCAGAUACAUUUUUAAAACAGCAAGUUAUAAGAU